UUACAGGUGAAAGCAUUCACUCCUGUCCAACCACCGCUGCAUGUCUUCCACCUAUUAUAUAAACCCUCUCAUUCCCUUUCAUUUCUUGCAUCAUCAACUUGUCAACAAAAAAGGAAUAACAUAGGAAAAUGGCUUAUAUUGAGCUUAGGGUAUUUUCUUGGACUAUAUUUGUGGUGUUUUUGUUGGUGAAUGUUGCAACUUGUCAAGAUGCAUUGGCACCAGAAGCUGCAGGUGGAAGAAAGAGUUUGAUUCCUGCCAUGUUUAUAUUUGGAGACUCUUUGAUUGACAAUGGCAAUAAUAAUAACUUGCCAUCUUUUGCAAAGGCCAACUAUUUCCCUUAUGGCAUUGAUUUUGAUGGUGGCCCUACUGGUCGUUUCUCCAAUGGUUACACUAUGGUUGAUGAAAUUGCUGAACUACUAGGACUACCACUAAUUCCAGCACACUCAGGAGCUUCAGGAGACCAAAUGCGCUUUGGAGUGAACUUUGCCUCUGCUGCUGCUGGCAUUCUUGAUAAUACUGGCAGGAACUUUGUUGGGCGCAUUCCAUUCAAUCAGCAAAUCAAAAACUUUGAGAACACACUUGAUGAAAUCACAGACAAUCUUGGAGCACCAGAUGUGGCACAGGCAUUAGCCAAAUGCCUCUUCUUUGUGGGAAUGGGAAGUAAUGACUACCUGAAUAAUUACCUUAUGCCUAAUUAUGACACUAAAAGUCGCUAUAAUGCUCAACAAUAUGCCAAUCUCCUGGUUCAGCAGUAUAACCAACAGCUUACUAGAUUAUAUAAUCUUGGAGCAAGAAAAUUUGUGAUUGGUGGAGUAGGACUAAUGGGUUGCAUUCCAAGUAUUCUUGCACAGAGUAAUAGUAAUGUGUGCUCAGAAGAAGUGAAUCAGCUUGUUCUUCCAUUCUCUAACAAUGUUAACUCAAUGCUUAGCAACUUAAAUUCCAAUCUUCCUGGUUCCAAAUUCAUCUACAUUGACAUUAAAAACAUGUUCCAAGAUCUCCUUACCAAUUACAGGCGAUAUGGAUUUAGCGUGAUAAACAGAGGGUGCUGUGGGAUAGGGAAAAACAGAGGACAAAUAACAUGUCUACCAUUGCAAACACCAUGUCCAAACAGGAAUCAAUACAUAUUUUGGGAUGCAUUUCACCCAACUGAGGCAGUCAACAUCUUGUUUGCAAGGAAAGCUUUUAGUGGUGGUCCUGAUGUUGUUUAUCCCAUCAAUAUUCAGCAACUUGCCAGCCUUUAGUUAAAGCUUUAAUUUUGGGGUGUGUGUGUGUAUUUUGCUAUACUUAGUUGAGAAAAUAUUCAGACUGUGAAGAGCUGAAAUAUAUAUUGCAGUGGACUGAGGCAGUUGCUCAUGUAAUGGGAUUUGUUAGAAUUGGAAAAUCUUUUGUCUCUA